AUGAAAGAAAUUUUUCAAUCUUUCUCCAAUCUUAAUUCAUUCAUUACAUCAUGUAUAUUCGAUCGACGCCAACAACUGCAUUUGCAUCUUGAUCAUGAAAUGCCUUUUCUUCUGGGCAACGAUCUUUCCAAUCACGUGACGUCACUCUAUAUUGAUCGUAUUAUUAUUCCAAUUGGAGCAUUUCUUAAUCUUAAAUCACUUACCAUCGUCGAUGGCAAUGAGUGCGAAGACCAAUGUCUCAAUAUGAUCAAUGAGGUUUCCAAACUGUCUCAACUGAUCAGCUUCACACUAUAUCUAGUUAGUCAUAAACCGAAGUUGAUCGGUAAUGAAAUGAUUAAAACUGCAUUUGAUCAUUCUUCUCUUCAACGAAUCAAUCUAAUUACAAAUGCUCGUUCAAAUUGUUAUUCACGAGGCAGAAAUUUAGAUGGCAACUUGACCUUUCGUUUGGUUAAAAUGGAUUGUAUGACCUCGGAUUUUCAUGGUGUAAAAAUUGAUCAUGGUUGCUAUAAAUUACACAGCAGACACUAUCUACCUUUGAGGAGGCAAUAUCAUAUUCGUCGUCUCGAUCUUGAUUUCAAGCAAUGGAGAUUACACUUACUAGUUGAAUUCUUAUCUGCUAUGCCUUCGUUAAUAGCAUUAACAAUUAAAGGCUUUUGUUGUUGUAAUAAUAUUUAUUUCUGGAUAUAUGUCGACCGUUGGGAUCAAAUGUUGCAAAAUUUGAAGGCAUUACAACGUGUCGCUAUCGAGAUUUACCUCGCUUUACCAAUAAGGUUGAGAAAAGGGUGCGCGAAAUCGUUCAACGAAAGUGAAGCAGAAAAAUUUGAAACCUGCAAACGGAUAAAUCUGGUAGCCGGGCCAAGAACAAAAAAAAACAGCUGUGGGAUGUGUUCAGAUUAG